GAAAAAAAUUACGAAUCUGUCCACAACCGUUAAUGUAUUUGUUGCGUAUUUGAUGCAAUGUAUUGUAUCUCAUUCCGUGUAGUUGUAUCUAAUCUUAUCUCACCUCAUACAUCGCUACGCACCGCACCGGUCGGUUACAGUACAUAGGGUGCAGAGCCGGAUAAGGAAUGGUCCGAAAUUUAGUUCAUCACUGUUAGCCCAUCGUUAAAGAUUGUUCUACAUAGCGGCCGAGUCGGGUGGCGUGUGCUUCUUUUCUAUAGAGAGUACCAAAAGGGAGGCAAACUAUUCGGAAAAUGUUUAAAUACAUCACAAUUGUGGCAUUAGUGCUGGCGUACAGUGCCGGAAACGCAUCCGCAUUUUGGUGUUUCCAAUGCACCACCUUUAACAGCACCAACUGUCUGGUUCCGGACCAAAACAUCCUGGCGGUGGAAUGUCCGCCCUCUCCGAAUGUAUCAUCCGUUACCUGCUUCACGCGCAUUGUGGGUCAAGACGUGGAACGUGGAUGUGCAACGAAUCUGGAGGCAACCGAACGUGACAACUGUGCCGUCGUAAACAAUUGUCAGCUCUGCUCGAAUGAAAAUGAUCUGCCCUGUAACAACAACCUGUUCCCGCACGGUCGUCUUCAUUGCCACCAGUGCGAAGGAACGACCAACAGUACCUGCUCGGAGGAGAUCCUAACGGAAGCCAGACCCUGUCUGCGCUUUGUGGCCGACGAUCAGUGUGUGGUGCAGGUGCGCGAUAACAGCGUGUUGCGCGGAUGUCUCUCGGAAAAUGCAGACUGCCGGAACAGCCGUGAUUGCCACGUGUGCGCUGGUAAUGGGUGCAAUUUCCGGCAUUUCGAACACAGCGCAGCGGGCAGUGUGAUCGCACAGAUCCCGCUGCUAGCCGGAGCCAUUCUGCUGAGUGCUUUCGUUGCUAAUAGUCUGUAGGUUUUGACGUGUCCCAACAGGAACUUUGUUUGCAUGCGCUUCAAUGUAUUUAGUUUGUAGCUAAACGAAAACACUAACAAAGCAAAAACAAAAGUAUUGACUCGUAGAAAAUGUGAAUAAAGAUACAGUAAGAAUAAA